CCUAUCUGAGAAUAUCAGUCGCGAGAAUUUGGCUAAGAGUCGGUCUGCGUAUUUCACUCUGCGACUAGACGUCUGAAGCGGAUUUUGGUAUUCAAGAAAUGGACAUUGAGAAGAAUGUCAACAAGGUAUCGCCAGCCGUCGAUUUCUCAGCUGGAGUCCUCGCUGGAGUGACUGGAUUGAUUGCCGGUCAACCGUUUGACGUGGUCAAAUGUCGUUUCCAGACUGUACAGUAUGCAGGUCGAUACGAUUCGACGUUCUCAGCUCUCAGGUCUAUACUCAAGGAAGAAAGGGUCGCUGGUUUGUUCAAAGGCGUCACGUCACCGAUGGCCGGGAUAGCCUUUAUCAACGGCGUCGUCUUCACUUCCUAUUCCAUGUUUAUGAAUCUACAACUGCCGAAUGCCGAUUCCGAUGUCUCUGAACCUUCACUGGCCAAGAUCUGUCUGGCCGGGGCAGGUAGUGGAGUCCUCGCGUCACUCAUCGCGUGCCCGACCGAGCUUGUCAAGAUCCGGCAACAAUCCGCUCCUCCGCAUCUUAAUCCCUCAACGUUAUCGGUCUGCCGGAGCAUCCUCGCAACGGACGGACUGAGAGGUCUCUAUCGUGGUUUACCAGCGACUGGACUGAGAGAUUUAGCUUAUGGACCGUAUUUCGGCACGUACGAAGCUGUCUGCCGAUUCUUCAAAUCGCGUAAACCUCCUGUCGACUCUCCGUCUCCACAUCGAAAUCGCCAUACGAGUCUGAUUGACGAGGCGGAGGAGGAAAUGGCGACGUUGACAUGGCCAGAGUUGAUGACUGCUGGAGGUCUGGCCGGAGUGGUAGCUUGGCUGGUAACAUUUCCUCUGGACGUGUUCAAGACGCGGAAUGGAUCAAUGCAACGUCACCGGUCAGCGUCCAAGCCUUCACUGUAUCGCGUUGGAGCCGAUGCUAUUCGGACGGAAGGCUGGCGAGUCAUGUUUGCAGGACUGGGACCGACAUUAAUGCGAGCUGUCCCUACCAACAUGAUCCUCUUCUUGACAUUUGAGGGCAUCGUGACAUUACUAUCGUGAGAAACAGUCGCCAAAGUCGGAUCGGCAUCUCCCCAUAUGCGCGGUCAGCGACAGCGACUCGCGCGAGCCCAUUGCGAACGACGUGCUGGCCA